CACUCUACUGUCGAUAUUGUGGAACACAAUUACAUCAGAAAAUUACAUUGUUUGAGUAAGAAGUGAUUGAGGGCCCCGCGUGCUCUUCAUUUAUAUCUGUAACAGCCGGUACCGUUGUCAAACUGCUAGAUUACAAGACCCCUAAUAGUCACGAAUAUUUCCAAGUGAUAAGUUCAGCCUGAACCAUAUUUCAGUGCACUUUCCAGUGUAUUGUGAAAAAAUGCCGGAAGACAUCUCAAAAUUGACGUUAGGUGGUAUCUACACCUCCGAAAAAACUGGGGACGACGAGACUGGAGAUGGCACCGAGGAAAAGCCUUUCAAGACAAUUCUCCAGGCGAUGCGCUCCGCUAAGAAAGAGCCAUUCCCCACAAUUUUCCAGGAUUCAAAGGAUGACUCCAAGAAGUACGAGCCCGCGGCAAAGUCCCAACUCAAGAAGAUUCAGAAAAUCUGGCAGCGGGAGCAAUACAAGAAUCAAGAUAAAGAGAAGAAGCUGCAGGAGGAUGACGAAAAACGCUUGAAAAACCUAGAGGAAGCCAAGUCCAUUGUCAUCGAGGAGAACAAGUCCCUCGCACCAGCCACACGAAUAAAGAUUCAAUCAGGGAAGGACUUCAGAGACAAAAGAAUCAAGAUUUACGGUUGGGUCCACAGAUUGAGACGACAGGGGAAAUCUCUGAUGUUCAUAACCCUCAGGGAUGGUACUGGUUUUCUCCAGUGUGUCCUGAACGAUCAAUUGUGCCAGACUUACGAUGCAGUGACUUUGAAUACUGAAGCCUCUGUCGAGCUAUUCGGCACCUUGAUGAUAGUACCUGAAGGGAAAACAGCACCUGGUGGCCAUGAAUUGGCUGUUGACUACUGGAGGUUGAUUGGAAAUGCCCCUCCAGGGGGGGCUGAUUCCAUUCUUAAUGAAGAAGCUCAUCCUGACGUGCAACUGGACAACAGGCACAUCAUGAUUCGAGGAGAGAAUACCUCCAAGGUGCUCAUCAUGAGAUCUGUUCUCCUGCAAGCGUUCAGGGAUCAUUAUUCGGCUCGAGGAUAUUGCGAAGUGACACCUCCAACUCUGGUGCAGACACAGGUGGAGGGAGGAUCCACCCUCUUCAAGCUUGAUUAUUUUGGUGAAGAAGCUUUCUUAACUCAAAGCUCUCAGCUGUAUCUGGAGACUUGUAUUCCUGCAAUGGGGGAUGUCUUUUGCGUUGCACAGUCAUACAGGGCUGAACAGUCCAGGACCAGAAGGCAUCUGGCUGAGUACAGCCAUGUAGAAGCUGAGUGCCCCUUCAUCACUUUUGAUGAUUUGUUAGAUCGGCUCGAGGAUCUCGUGUGCGAUGUUGUUGACAGGGUAUUGAAGUCUCCUUUUGGCUACAUGGUGCACGAGCUCAACCCUGGGUUCCAACCACCCAAGAGGCCUUUCAAGAGGAUGAAUUAUAGUGAGGCUAUUGAUUAUCUGAAGGAACAUGGCAUUACGAAGGAAGACGGGAGCUUUUAUGAGUUUGGUGAGGACAUACCAGAGAUGCCAGAACGAAAGAUGACGGAUCAAAUCAACGAGCCCAUUAUGCUCUGUCGCUUCCCAGUGGCAAUAAAAUCCUUCUACAUGUCGAAGUGCCCAGAGGACAAACGUCUCACUGAAUCUGUGGAUGUUCUCCUUCCAAAUGUUGGAGAGAUUGUCGGAGGCUCUAUGCGUAUCUGGGAUUAUGACGAGUUGCUGGAGGGAUAUAAGAGAGAGGGCAUCGAUCCUACCGCCUAUUAUUGGUACACUGAUCAACGUAAAUAUGGCACCUGCCCGCAUGGUGGAUAUGGUCUAGGACUCGAGAGAUUUGCCUGUUGGCUGUUGAACAGAUAUCAUAUACGUGAGACUUGUCUCUAUCCACGUUUCCUGGAACGCUGUCGUCCUUAAAAGAAAUAUUUUUUCAUGUAUUUUGCAAUAUUCAUUUGGGCUGCAUUAUUCUUUAGGUUUUUAUCUCUUUCGUAACCUAAUAAUAGUUACCCAUGCAUUUAAAUGCCUACGAUCAGAUCUAGACAUGUGAAAAUACUUAUGUACUGGGAAUUACAAUAAUAAAAUGUAAAAAUUUA